AUGUCCAGUGGCCGAUGUGAGGAUUACAAGUCGUACUCUGAGGAGAUCCACGAGCCCUUAUCACUGGGCCCCUUAGGCCUACCGUUCCAGAGACCGCCUGUCCAGUGCCGGACGUUCACGUCGAGCGCCGUUGAGGCGUUGCUCGAGCAGUUGAAAGAGCGUAUUGAAGACCCGGACCUUGCCAGGCUGCUUGAAAACACCUUGCCAAACACUUUAGACACCACUGUGCUCUGGCACAAGCCCCAAGGCAAUGACAAGUUUGCUCAGACGUUUGUCGUCACUGGUGAUAUCCAUGCGGAAUGGUUGAGAGACGCGGCGAGACAGCUCUCAGUGUAUCAGCCCUUGACCAAGGACGAUCCACAGCUACAGGAGUUGAUGCGUGGAGCCAUCAACACACAGGCCUCGUUCAUAUUGGUGUCUCCAUACUGCAACGCCUUCCAUCCUCCUCCAGGCUCAGGCAUCAAGAAAGGCGACACUGCGAGGGACUCGGUGUCGCCAAUACCGCACUGGAAGUACGUGUUUGAAUGCAAGUACGAGUUGGACUCGUUGGCCUCGUUCUUGACAUUAUCCAACGAGUACUUUGAGCAGACCAAGGACAGCUCCAUCUUCAACGAGCUCUGGAUCAAUGCCAUGUUGAACAUCCUCACAGUCAUCAAAAGAGAGUCUGUGCCUACGUUCAGCGAGGAUGGCUCAGUGAACCCCUUCUACUACACCUUCCAGAGAAACACCAACAUAGGCACGGAGACCCUACCAUUGGCAGGAACAGGCAACCCUGUUAACUUUGGCACUGGCUUGGUGAGAUCCGCAUUCAGACCUUCAGACGAUGCAUGUACUUUCCAGUUCUUCAUCCCUGCGAAUGCCCAUAUGAGUGUGGAGUUGCUCAGAGCUGCUGAGAAUUUGAAGUCUGUCAAGGAUCAGAUCGACGGCUUCCAGUACGAGGUUGAUAGAAUCAUAAGGAAGUCGACGAAUAUAUCCCAGACGAUAAGGAAUGCCAUCUACAAGCACGCAGUUCGUGAGCAUCCAGAGUUUGGGAGAGUGUUUGCCUACGAAGUCGAUGGCUAUGGAGGCUCAGUGUUGAUGGACGAUGCCAACAUUCCCUCACUACUUUCCCUUCCGGACUUGGGCUUCGUGGACAUCGACGACGAGAUCUACCAGAACACGAGAAGAAUGAUCCUCACCAAGCGUGGUAACCCGUUCUAUCUCCAGGGCUCUCACUUCAAAGGGAUUGGAGGACCCCAUGUUGGCAUACACAACGCGUGGCCAAUGUCGUUGUUGAUGGCCAUACGAACCACUGACGACGACGAGGAGAUCAAGGAGAACUUACAGCUAGUGCUACAGAAUACAGCAGGGUUGGGGUUAAUCCACGAAACAAUCCAUGUCAAUUUCAGAGAUGGGCUGAGGUAUACGAGACCAUGGUUUGCAUGGGCCAAUUCCGAGUUUGGCAAGACUAUAUUGGAUCUUGCAAAGAGGAAGCCUCACUUGAUAUUUAAGGAUGAGUAUAGCGACAAGCCCUUCGAGGUUUAG